AUGCGCAUGCCCACCAGGCAUGCGAGGAGCACCGACAUGCUGAUCGACAUCCCCCACACCCGGCUGCUGCUGCGACGCGGCCAGACCUCGCGCCUGCCCGAGGCGCGUGCCACGCACCUGUGCAGCGCCGAAGGCACGCUGUGGAUCACGCUGGAUCACGACGUCAAGGACAUCGUGCUGGAGCCCGGCGAGUGCUUCAUCGUGCCCGACGACAAGGGCGUGACCAUCAGCGCGCUGAGCGCGCAGGCCGUGCUGGACCUGCGCCCCGCCGAGGCACGGCCGUGA